UACAUGGGCUACAAUUCUCUCAACCUUCCCAUGGAGUAUUGGCCAAAUGCAAAUUGGGGUUCGUUGUUGAUGUCGGCACCGAAACAUUCUAUGCACAUGUUUGUUUGAAUAUUGUUUUUAAAAUUUCACACGACGCGUUUCUAACAAUUGGAACUGGAUUGUGUCAAUUAACAAAUGUAAAUAACUAAAGUCUGCCUUCAAGUAUGGGGCUACGGUAAAUUGUGGGGAGGCCUAUUUGGCAUUUUCCCAGUAAAUCGUGUCUCUCGUCACUAAUAUUGAUAUCACUAUAAAAACACGUGGAAAAUAGGAUGGCCUAGAAGGCAAGGAACGAAUAUUUAAGUCUAUUUACAUUUUUACAGGUCACCGCAUGACAUGGAAGCAAUAUCAUAGAUUAGACGAUAUCCAUGGCUUUUUGGACUACUUGGCGAAAACAUACCCGUCGAUCAUCAGUGUCAACUCAAUAGGAAAAUCUUACGAAGGUCGAGACCUCAAGAUGCUGCGCAUUUCAGACGGCAAAGCGGGUAAUAAAGCUGUCUUUAUUGACGGAGGAAUACAUGCUCGGGAAUGGAUCAGUCCGGCUGUUGUCACAUACUUCAUUAAUCAAUUCGCUGAAAACUUCGACGUCGAGUCUGAUGAUAUCAAGAACAUUGAUUGGUAUUUCUUACCAGUAGUAAACCCCGAUGGAUACGAGUACACGCAUAGGUCAGAUCGUCUUUGGAGGAAGAAUAGGAAGUAUGGAUUGGGUAUAAGUACUUGCACCGGUGCUGAUCUCAACAGGAACUUUGGAUAUCGCUGGGGAGGCAAAGGUUCAUCAGGCUAUCCCUGCAGCGACAUAUACCGCGGAAGUGGACCCUUCUCUGAACCAGAAACUAAGGCGAUCUCCGAGUUCUUUAAGAAUACUGCAGCGAAGUUCUCUGCUUACCUAACAUACCACAGUUAUGGACAGUAUCUGCUGUACCCAUGGGGUUAUGAUAAUGCACUACCAGCAGACCACAAAGACUUGGAUAGCGUUGGGAACCAGAUGGCUGAGGCUAUACGAAAGACUGGAGGUUCUCAAUACAAGGUUGGAUCAUCAAGUGGGCUGCUCUACCCUGCAGCUGGAGGAUCAGAUGAUUGGGCCAAGUCCCUAGGUAUUAAGUACACUUACACUAUUGAACUGAGUGACACUGGCCGUUACGGUUUCGUAUUGCCAGCUUCCUACAUAGAACCAGUUGCAAGAGAAAACUUAGCUGCCUUGAGGGUCCUUGCAAGUCAAGUGUAAUAACAUGACAUAACAUAAUAAUUAUUUAUUGUAAGUUUUGACACUCAGCGAUGUACAAAAUAAAUAGUAUAUUUAUUAUUUAAUAAUGUAUAAGAAGUGAAGACUGAGAGCCAGAUAUGUAAUCUUUGGCAGAUGCAUGAUUUUAAGAAUAAAAAUCUUUAUAAAUAA